UAUUGUGUAGUUUCUUUUCUGUGUGAUCAGGUUCAGAGGGUUCUUUCGUGCCUACUACUGUCACCCUGGCCCAUACUCCACAGCUUCCAUACUUUUCUGGUGACAGGAAAGGGGAUGCCGAUUUCGAUCAAUGGAGACACGAGUAUACUUGUAUGUCUAGUCGUUACUCUUCAAAGAUCAUUGCUAAAGCUGUUCGGCGCUCGUUACGUGGUAGGGCUGCUAGAGUGGCUAUGCAUGUAGACAAGGAUGCCCCAUUGGAGACACUCAUCUCCAAGCUUACUUGCGUGUUUGGUGAUGUUCACACGGAACACAACAUUAUGUCACAGUUUUACACAGCCAAGCAGGGGGAUGAAGAAAGUGUAGCAGAGUGGUCAUGCCGACUAGAGGAUAUCUUGAGCCAAGGAGUCACACUUGGAAAAGUACAGCCUGGACAAACAGAAGAUUUACUUAGGACUACCUUGUGGGCUGGACUAAGAUCACAACUGAGGGACCUCACAAGUCACAAGUUUGAUCAAGGUGGCUCAUUUGAAGACUUCCUUCGUUACCUCAGGCAGUUGGAAGUCAACUUAAAGGAGAGGAACCCAGUGUCUAAGAAGAAGCCUGAUGCCACAAGUAGGGCCACAUUCACUCAGGAUUCAGAGCUUAAAGAGAUCCGUGGAAUCCUGAAGUCCAUGUCAACAGAGAUUGCUGCUCUCAAGAAACAGAAUAAGGACGCCAAGGAAUCAGACUCUACACAGGCAAAGACAGGAGCAGCAAGGUAUAACCAUGGUCAAGGUCAGUCAUGGCAGUCAGGUCGAGGUCAGCAAUGGCAGAUGCCCCCUCGACAGUGGAUACGUCCACAACAGCCAAGAGAAAAUCCGCAGUUUGGACGUGGUGGCCAACAUAGAUUUCAAGGACCACAGACUUUUUCUGAUAUUCUGGUUUGUUACCGAUGCGGACAACCUGACCACAUUAGGAGAGGAUGUAGAACCAGGAUAGACAAUGGUCUUUUAAACUUCAAUCGGCCUAUGGGGAGGGGCGGACCAUUGGCCUAGACACACAGCAUGUCAGCACUCAACAGCAGUUGGUUGCAGAGUUAGUUGGUAAGCCUACUGAGAUCAUGGUCAAUGGUGUUAGUUCCAGGGCUUUACUUAACACAGGAUCGACCAUUUCUUCUAUUUUCGAGUCUUACUACCAACAAAAUUUCAGUGAGAUUCCUAUUGAGCCACUUAAACACAUCCUUAACAUCGAGUGUGCAGAUGGAGAGUUUUUACAGUAUAGUGGGUACAUUGUUGUGGAAAUUCAGGGAACGGGAAGUGCUCUAUCUAAAGUCCAAUGUUUACUUCUUGUAAUUCCUGACAGUUGUUACAACCAGACAGUUCCAAUAACUCUAGGUACCAACGUUCUCUCUGUCUACCUGCUCCAGUGCAAGAAGGAGUUCGGGGAAAGAUUCCUUCAGAAAACAGACCUCCAUACUCCUUGGUAUUUGGCCCUUCGUUCUUUGUCCCUUCAGGAGAGAGAACUUGUCAAGAACAAUUACUCCAUAGGACGAAUUAGAAGUUCAGAGCCAGGUCGCAAUAUAAUUCUAUCUAAUUCUGAAAUUGUUAUUCGUGGACAUGUGAUACAGCCCCUAUCUUACAGAUUCACUUGCGCCAUAAUUCAGCCUACAAGAGGAUCAGUCAUCCCAGACGACCUUGACAUUGAACCAAUUUUAGUAUCAUAUGAUGGAAGAGGACAGACGAUGUUUGUGGACAUACAUGUAUCAAACCUCACAGCUCAUUCUGUUUCCAUUCCAAGUCGUGCUCUCUUAUGCGAACUACAAGUUGUUAGCACAGAUAAUGUACCAGAGAUUCAACCUUUUUACUCCAAGUAAGGACUCGGAUAUCAUGAAUCUUAAGGACUUAAAGGAAGCAAGCGUAACAGACAAGGAAAUUCAACAGCCCGGCGACAUACCAACGGCUCAUGAAUGAAAAGGAAGACACCAACAAAUGCACGUGCUCCUCUCGUUAAUAUCACCAGUACCCAGCCUUUGGAAUUAGUCUGUAUGGACUUCCUUACUCUGGAGACUUCAAUGGGAGGAUACCAACAUCUGCUUGUGAUAACUGACAACUUCACACGAUACGUCCAGGCAAUACCUACUCGGAACUUAACUGCCAAGACAACAGCAGAGGCGUUCUACAACAAUUUCGUAAUGCAUUAUGGGAUGCCCAUGCGGAUCCACAGUGACCAGGGUGCAAACUUUGAAAGUAGACUUAUGAAGGAGGUUUGUGACAUUCUAGGCAUAUCUAAGUCAAGGACCACACCGUACCAUCCAAUGGGGAAUGGCAUGACAGAAAGGUUUAACCGGACACUGCUUGACAUGCUUGGUACUCUGCAACCAAGCCAGAAGAAGGAUUGGAAAUCCCACGUGAGACAAAUGGGAGGAGGACCCUUACAUCGUUAUUUCUCAGCCAAACAUGGGCAUUCCAGUGUUUGUUGUGCAGAAGGAAAACGAAGAAGGCAGAACACGUACUCUGCACGGGAAUCACCUUCUUCCUAUAGGAUCUUUGCCAAGGACAGAUGAGCCAGACAAGCCAGACAAACCAAUUCCAACUCCAAGACCACGUCGCAGGAAAGGACAAACAUUUAUCCAGCCUUGACUAACCAUACCACUGCAUGCUUUUCACCCAAAGCACUUAGUAUCCCACCCCGCGCUUAGACUACUCUAUUGUUCUCUGUGGUCACUCACAGCUGACCACAGGUAUACCUUUGUUUCUAAUGAUCUGGGGCAGUUGCCAGAUUACACUUGACGUAUAUAUAUCAGUCAUUUUGUGUAUUUUUGGGAUGGAUCUCGUGUUCAUAAUUUUAUUCAUGGAUCCAAUGGAUGUGAUAAUUUCAUGGAUUUGAAGUGCAUGAGAAGGAACAGCGUCUCGGGCUGCCACGGCUGUUGUUGACCUUGUCGAGUAUAAACAACAUUCGUCAGUUCCACCAACUACCAUUAAACAGUGGCAGCGAGUAUGAGUACCCCUUUAUUAAGGACCCAAGGAGAGUCAGGGCGAUAGCCUAUAUUCCUUCACUGAAGAGGAUUGUAGUGGACAUGGAACUGUCCCCACUCCUUGUCUCAUUUGCUUUAGAUGGUUAUGACAAAGUAGUCCUGGAGAGGGGUCUUUAUACUAGUACCAUAUGCGUGGAUGAUGGGAAAAAACUUGUGUUUGUCCAUGUACUCCGAAGUCCCUUGAAGGGUAUAUGGCGCGUGUCGGCAGAUGGACGUAAUAUUAAACACCUUCUUAAUUUCAGAGGGGAAAGCGUCACAACCUUUUCGAUUGACUGCCGUAAUAGCAGAUUGUAUAUUUUUAAAUUUUCAGGCAUAUAUUCAUCGCAAUACGAUGGAAGUGACAUGACUCCCUUCCUGAUGAAAGUUUUCUCCCGCAUCACCCUGUUUGAUCACGUUAACCAGGAGUAUUAUAACCAUCGUAUCAAGGAUGGAGUGGUUCUCAAAAUAUCUGUUUCGGAUAAAACAGCGACUAGUAUGAUAUCAGUUCCUCAUACAGUGUCAGCUCUUGCUCAGUACGGGAGUGACAUGUAUAUCAGUUUCUUUAACACCGAAAAGAUUGGUGUUCUUAAUUUGGAGAGUCGAAAAUAUAGAGAAUUCCAAAGGAUGCCCUACAAUAUGACUGGAUAUGCAGUAAUUUUGUGCAUACUAUUCUAACAAUAUUUCGCAGUAUUAAUGGGUGAGUUCAUGUGUCGUAAUGUCGUGACUUCAUAAACAUAUCGGUAAUAUUAUUCAUAUUUAAAAUACGUCUAAUCCACACCAAAAAGCAUGCUCAAAGCUUGAGAACUCGAUUUUCUUUCUUAACUCCUAAGCUGCAUUUGAGGCACUUUUGUCCAGUCACAUUACUAUCUCAUCCUACCGGGUACCCACUCACUACUUGGUGACCAGAGGCACAUUUCGAACAAAGUCACUUGCCUAAGGAGACGCCAUAUGUGCUAUACGUCCUUCAAUGUGGGAUAAGGAGCCCUAGAAAGUAUCCUUGAAAGUAUCAGGAGUCAAGCUGCAGAACGCGGUCACCCAUCCAAAUACUCUCCGAGGCCGAUGUUGCUUAACUCCUGAUACUUUCAAGGAUACCUGUUUUUGUACCUGUGCACGGGACCACGUGCCACCACGUACU